AUGACGGUGUUUGGUGUUGAUCCCGGUUAUCUUUCGACGGCCUUUCCAUCUGUUCCUUUUGGCAAGGCCCUUGAUGAAGCUUGGGAGGCUUUGGUGAGAUUGAUAGUUUCAUUAACCCAACAAAUAUCACAAAGAAGAAGAACAACAACAGCAGCAGCAAACAAAGGUGGUGAAACCUCCACUGAUCACCUGACAUGCUACAUUAACAAUCCGAUAGGGGACGGGACCGGUGUCUUCGGGACAGAUAAGUUUCUCCGUGACACCAUGCUGGCAAUGAUGAUCGCCGGAAGAGAUGGUUUGGCAGUCACACCAUCAUGGUUCUUCUGGUUACUCUCAAAGAACCCAAACGCAAAGGCUAAAUUAGAAGAAGAGGUACUAAAUGUUCAUAAAGCCAAGAAUGAAGUUCUGAUCUCUUAUGUGACUUUCACUCCGGAGGAGCUAAGUUCAAUGGUAUAUCUCCAUGGAGCAGUGUGUGAGACGUUGAGGCUUUACCCAGUGGUGCCGUACGAGGAGAAGGGAGCUUUGGAGGAGGAUGAGUUACCAAGUGGUGAGAAGGUUGCUGCAGUGUCAAAGGUGUUGUUAUCAGUGUAUGCAAUGGGGAGGAUGGAGAGUAUAUGGGGGAAAGAUUGCAUGGAGUUUAGGCCGGAGAGAUGA